AUGUCUGUUCCAGAACUAAAAGCCGGUGACAAAAACAUCCCAACCUCUCUACAAACUAGAUGCCCAGAAGUCAUUAAGGGUUUCGAAGCCACUUACGGUGCUAAGCCAGAUUUCGUCGCUAGAUCUCCAGGUAGAGUUAACUUAAUCGGUGAACAUAUCGAUUACGCCGAUUUCUCCGUCUUACCAUUAGCUAUCGAUGUUGAUAUGUUAUGUGCUGUUAAGGUUCUAGAUGAAAAGAACCCAUCCAUCACUUUAUCUAACGAUGACAAGAGAUUUGCUCAAAGAAAGUUCGAUCUACCAUUAGAUGGUUCUUUCGUUACUAUUGACCCAUCUGUCUCUGACUGGUCUAACUACUUCAAGUGUGGUCUACACGUCGCUCAUGAAUUUCUAAAGGAAAUCGCUCCAGCUAAGUUUUCUAACGCUCCACUAGCUGGUCUACAAGUCUACUGUAAGGGUAACGUUCCAACUGGUUCCGGUCUAUCUUCAUCUGCCGCUUUCAUUUGUGCUGUUGCUCUAGCUGUCAUUAAGGCUAACAUGGGUGAAUCUUACCACGUCUCCAAGAAGGACCUAACCAGAAUUACUGUUGUUGCUGAACAUUACGUCGGUGUUAACAACGGUGGUAUGGAUCAAGCUGCUUCCGUCUGUGGUGAAGAAGAUCACGCUCUAUACGUCGAAUUCAAGCCAGAACUAAAAGCUACUGCUUUCAAGUUCCCAGAAUUGAAAAACGAUGAUGUUUCUUUCGUCAUUGCUAAUACCCUAGUUGUCUCUAACAAAUUCGAAACUGCCCCAACUAACUACAACUUAAGAGUCGUUGAAGUUACUGCUGCUGCCAACGUUCUAGCUAACAAAUUCGGUGUUGUCCUAAAGCAUGUUGGUGCUUCUAACUUAAACAAGGGUAACCUAAGAGAUUUCAUGAACGCUUACUACGCUAGAUACCAUAACACCCCAGAACCAUGGGAUGGUGAUGUUACUACUGGUAUCGAACGUCUAACAAAGAUGGUUGAAUUAGUUGAAGAAGCUCUAGGUAACAAGAAGGAAGGUUUCACUGUUGAAGAAACUGCUGCUGCCUUAAACUGUUCCAAGGAAGAAUUCACUAAGGACUACUUAACCACUUAUCCAGUUAGAUUCCAAGUUCUAAAGCUAUACCAAAGAGCUAGACACGUCUACACUGAAGCUCUGAGAGUUCUAGAAGCUUUGAAGGUUAUGACUGGCACUAAGUUCGACUCUGACGAAGAUUUCUUCAAGGCUUUCGGUGGUCUAAUGAACCAAUCCCAAGCUUCUUGUGACAAAUUAUACGAAUGUUCUUGUCCAGAAACUGACAAGAUCUGUGAAAUUGCUCUAGGUAGCGGUUCUUACGGUUCUAGAUUGACUGGUGCUGGUUGGGGUGGUUGUACCGUCCACUUAGUCCCAAGUAGCUCUGUCGAAAGUGUCAAGAAGGCUUUGAUUAACGAUUUCUACAAGGUCAAGUACCCAAACAUCACCGACGCCGAAUUGAACGAUGCUAUCAUUGUCUCUAAGCCAGCUCUAGGUUCUUGUCUAUGUGAAUUGUAA